AUGAGCAACCCAGGGCUGAGUUUCAACAGGCGAAUACGUGAUCGAGCAGCGGGAUACGUUCUGAUCAGAGAAGACUUGUACAAGAAAGGGAAAGAUGACUUGCUAUUGAAAUACGUCAGCCUAAAUGAGGCCACGCUGGUAAUGGCCGAAGUACAUGAGGGCAUCUACGGAGCUCACCAAGCGGGUCCUAAGAUGAGGUGGUUAAUCAGGCGCUAUGGUUACCACUGCCCUUCAGUGAUGUCAGAUUGUGUCAAAUAUACAAAGGGUUGUUGGGCAUGUCAGACCCAUGGACCGGUGCAACGCCUACCAGCAGCAGAAUUCAACCCCGUAGUGAAACCAUGGCCAUUUCAAGGAUGGGCUAUGGAUCUGAUCGGGAAAAUUUUGCCACCAGCAACAUGGGGGCAUUGCUUCAUCAUUGUGGCAACUGAUUACUUCACCAAGUGGGUGGAGGCCGUGCCAAUGAAGGGAGUCAGUCAGACCGAACUGAUCCAAUUCUUAAAGUGCCAUAUCAUCCAUAGAUUCGGCCUCCCAGAGACUGUCACCUGUGAUAAUGGGAGCGUGUUCGUAGGGGAUGAAGUGGUUACGUUUGUGGCUGAGCUAGGCAUAACAUUUACUCACUCUACCCCAUACUAUGCACAGGGCAAUGGGCAGGCUGAAGCAAGCAACAACAUCCUUAAGCGGUGCCUAUCAAAGGUAGUCGAUGACAACCCACAACAGUGGGCAGACAUGCUCUCAGAGGUCCUGUGGGCGCUCAGGACGUCCCAACGAAGCAGCAUCACCACCACACCUUUCGCCCUAACCUAUGGCCAUGAUGUGGUGUUGCCAGUAGAGGUAAGCGUAAGGUCAGCAAGGGUGGUGUUCCAACAGGGACUCUCGCCAACCACCUACAACGAGGCUAUGAUGGCCAAGCUUGAUGACCUGGAGGAGGAUAGUUUGGCUAUGCUGGACAGGAUGCAGGUCCAGAAGAAGAAGAUCGCGGCCAUCUACAAUAAGACGGUCAGUUUGAAUCAUUUCCAGAAUGGAGAUUUGGUCCUAAAGAUCGUACUUCCUGUCGGGGCGAAGGAUCCCAGGUUGGGAAAAUGGUCCCCAACGUGGGAAGGACCAUUUACGAUCUGUCAAGUACUAAAAGGCAGGGCGUAUAGACUGUAA